UACCUUAUCACUGUGAACCGCGACAACAAUUACAAAAUUGUUGUGUUCGAUAUGGAUAUUCGCGGAUUGGAUGGUAGAAUUCUCGAUCCCGUGUGCCGCAACCCGGACGAUCCCCACUGUGUUUCCGACAAACUUCUGAGAUGGCAUUUCCACCAAUCAAUCCUCGCGAAUGUCAGAGGAACAGGGCACCCCAUCUGCGAGCAUGACUUCCCACCAGGACAUGAUAUGGUAGGGGAGAUACGGGACGGUCCCUAUGGGCAGGAAAGAUUCGAGUUGGAGAUAGCCUCUAGGCUUAGA